AUGGCCAACCCAACGGUCUCCUCAGUUUGGAGUGCGAACUCACAAGCCGUCCUGUGUAUGAAAAACGGCAGCAACGCUCAGGCGCUUCGAAUUCUGGCGUCCGCCAUCGACCAACUCCAAAAUCACCUCGUUGCAAUCCCGCUGCAUCAAAUCAGAGGGGACCAUCCGAUCAAUAUUUGCUUUGUUUCCGAAAGUACAUCCGGCGGUUCAAUGUGUCCUGCAGUCCAGUCACCGCUAGCCGAUGAUUUCUCCAUCUUCGUGCCCAUGUUCGAGUGGUCCUUCGUCACCCAGCCCGGUCAAGGCAAGAUUCCUGAUGGCAUACCUGGCAGUGAAAUCGUAAUCACCGCUUGCCUGCUUUAUAACUUGGGCUUGGCUCACGAAAGGCUUGGACAGGAUACUGGUCGAGAUUCGCUGUUCAUUAGAGCACUCAACAUAUACAAGAAGGCAAUACGGCUCCUUAUGGACUACGGUUCCUUACGAGCGAAUCAUUCAGUGACUUUCAUAUACCUUGCCCUUCUCACCAACACCAUCCGCAUUCAGGGCAAUUACUUUCUCCAAGCGGAACGAGCACAAGCAGUUGUUAUGCUACGAUCUGCUUUGGACUACAUCAGUCCCGAUGAUCUGUCGGAAGGUGCUCACACUAGUUUCUAUACAAAUCUUUGGAUGAUUGACCAGUUUAAUACAAUGCUCCCAGCUGCAAGUGCCGCUGCCUAG